AUGUCACGGCGGCCCAACCCUGCCGCUGAUCGCGCGGAACAGAAUCGCACGACGCUCAAGAAUCUAGUAAAGCUCGAGGGCAACAAGACAUGCGCCGACUGCAAGAGGAACAAACACCCAAGAUGGGCCAGUUGGAACCUAGGCAUCUUUAUAUGCAUUCGAUGCUCUGGCAUACACCGCGGCAUGGGGACACAUAUUAGCAAAGUCAAAUCUGUCGACCUUGACUCCUGGACCGAUGAACAACUCCAGAGCGUAUUGAAAUGGGGCAACGCCAGGGCGAACAAGUACUGGGAAGCGAAGCUGGCACCAGGCCACGUACCGUCCGAGGUGAAGAUCGAGAACUUUAUACGCACCAAGUACGAGUCGAAGCGAUGGGUCAUGGAUGGGCCUAUACCUGACCCCUCCACCCUAGAGGCGGACGAUGAUGAUAUGCCAUUGAAGAAGGUGCAAGAAAAGGUUCAACUCGAGCGGUCCACAUCGCAACGGCUUGCUGGAAGCUCCGGUCGACUUCCUCCUCCUCAGGCGCAGCCGCAGCCUGCGAUCGAUCUAUUUGGUGACGAGCCCGCCCCCCCACGACCGAGCACCGGACCUCCCGCAGGAGCGCGAGCGCCUCCAAAGGCAGAAGCCCUUCCGCCAAAACAAACAAAGGCAGGCGACUCGUUACUGGGCUUGGACUUCAUGGGUGGUGGAGCAUCUUCUGCGCAACCGGCCCGGCCCUCGAGCACAGGUCCUGCCGCUGCCGCACCAUCAAGACCGGAUUUGAAGCAGUCAAUUCUGUCACUAUAUGCUUCGAAACCAGCAGCACCGCCACAACCACAACAGCAUGCGCGUCAAGAGUCUUUUGGUGGUCUUGGUUCCCCUCAGGCGCAAACAUCGCCUCAACAGUCAGCGUUCGGCGGAAUGAACGAUGCCUUUAGUAGCCUGUCUUUCAGCGCAGCGCCGGCACCCAAGCCUUCUCCAUUUUCUGGUCUCGAUAGCUUCUCGAGUGCCAAGUCGCCGCCCUCCACUUCUUCAUCAAACAUGUUCGGUGGUGGAGGCAAUUUCUUCGACUCCAAACCAAAGUCACCUCCCCAGGCUCAGGCACAGAGCCGAACGAUGAGCCCUUCCAGUGCCUUAGGCGACUUUGGCGCUUUUAACUCGCCUGCACCAUCGAAGCCCGCACCCCAGGCCUCCGGUAUGAACGAUCUCCUCGAUCUAUCUAUGCCCUCUGCGCCUGCGCCCGCGCCGAGAGUUUCCUCACCGCCCGUAGCAUCCCCACCGAAUAACUCGGCUUUCAACCUCUCCUCUCCCGUCGCACCGUCGGUACCCAAGGCAAACCAUGCUCCUGCAACCGUGAAUUAUGGAGGAUUCUCGAACAUGGAUGCGUGGGGAGGUAACGACGUUUGGGCAUCAUCUGCUCCAAGCCAGCCAGCAACUAAUACAACUGCAUCACAUACGCAGGCCAAGAGCCCGGGCUGGGGUGCACCGCAAGUAGCGCAGGAUGAUGAUUUCGGUGGAUGGAGCAGCGCUGCGCCUAGCACGACGACGAAUACGACCACAACAACUCACACAAGCUCCACACAAAACAAGCCUGCAGGUGGAUUUGGCGGCGGGAGUGAUGAUUUGUUUUCCAACGUAUGGCAGUGA